GAUGCCUUAUGGGAAAGACAAGCCCCCUUUCCCCACGCGCGCGCAGUGCCUUUCGGGAGCUGUAGUUUCCUUGCUUCCGCUCCGCUUCCCAGGCUUCCUUGCCGUUUCCGUUGGCUCCUCGCUCUCCGGUAGCCAUGCGUGGGGGCAAGGGUGGGAAGCCCCGCGAGGCCGCGAACCCGGCGGCCGCGAGUGUGUCUGAAUCCGUGACCGAGCGGGUCCUGCGGGAGGCGCACUCGCUUUAUGUGCAUCCGGGUCAUGGGCUGGUUUCCAUUGGGGAGCGCCUGGGCCUGACUCUGCUCCCACCACGCCGCAAAGUGACUGUCAUGGUGAUGGGCAACCACAGCGCUGGCAAGAGCAGCUUUAUCAACUGGUAUGUUGAGGAGCACAUUCAACGAACCGGUGUAGCUAUUGAGACCCAGGGUUUCACCUUCAUCACUAGUGGAAGGAAGCGAGAAUCUCUCACGGGUAAUGCCACACUCCAUCUGUACCCCCAUUUCCAGGCCUUGCAGAGUUUCAAAGGUGUGCCAGAGUACCUGAGCACUGAGAUCUGUACCUCUAAGCAGAAGCAGUUCCCCCUGGUCACUUUCCUUGACACACCAGGCUUGGUGGACGGAGACAUGAAAUAUCCUUUUGAUGUGGAAGGGGCACUUAUCUGGUUUGGCCAGCUCUGUGACCUCAUCCUGGUCUUUUUUGACCCCAUGGGACAGGCCCUUUGCAAACGCACUCUCAACAUUGUGGAGAAGCUCAAUGAGGGGCACGGAGACAAGCUGCAUUUUUACCUCAGCAAGGCUGAUGAGGCGGGUGCAGAAGGUGACAGACAGAGGGUGCUGAUGCAAAUUGUCCAGGAACUCUGCAAGCGCCCAGGCCUCAAUAAGUGCGGGUUUGAUAUGCCCACAAUCUACAUCCCCAACUCUAAUAAGCCAAGCCGGUGCGUUAAUCAGAUUGAGGAGAUCUGCCGAACCAUCGAGAAGACAAUCAGCCAAACUGUGCAGCACACACUCAACGCUUUGGAGCGGGACUGCCGCCUCAUCGACGAGGCCACGCAGCGUUUGCUAGAAGAGGACAACGAGGCCAGAAACAGCAAUUUCCGUGCUCGUUUCCGGGGGGCACUGAUUGGGCUGACAGGCUGCCUCCUGCCCAUCUUUCUCCUCGUGACCUUGCUCUUUGGUACAGCCUUUGCUCGCCAACUCUGGACUUUGGUAUUGGGAGAAGAGCAAAGCCAGGCAUUAGAGCUGUCCAUGCGUCCAAUUGCUUCCGUGUGGAGCCUUGUCCCUGAAGAGCAAACCUUAACAGUAUUCUUUGGUCUUCUCGGCCUCUCAAUUCUCCUCCUGCUCUUGGCCAGUUACAUUUUCAGGACAAAGCCUACUCUCUCAAAGAAACAGAAGCGGCAGCUGGAGGACAGGCGAGACUACGUAGUGGACGUGGUGCUAGAAAAAAAGGUUGACAGCUUUGGGAAUUUGGUUUGGAGUUAUGACACAGGGCUUGGCAUCUGUGCCAAAGGAUCAUGGUUAGGAGAGGGAGGGUUCAUGAUUCCUGUGUGGGAUUCUGGGUAAUGGUAGGUUGGGGGUACCCUUCCUAGGAGAAGGGGCUGGCCAGUGUAUCAGGUUACAAGUAAUUCUGUUUUUUCUGCAGAGACAGCUCUAUGAGGAAUACCUUCGCCAAAGCAUCGGCGAGCAGGACCUGAGCUGAAACCCCUCCCUAAUGGAUUCAAAGAGACUGCCAAUCCCCUGCCACGUUAAAAUCUCUCCCCUCUGAGUCACUCCAGAGAACAGAGAUUUGUAAAGCAACUGUGAACCGUCCUAAGGGGCCAGUUUUUUUUUUUAAGAACACCACUUCAUUGGCUUCUUAUUGACUUGGCAUCUGUUCCCUUUUGUAUUUGACUGGAUAGGAGUGGGCGCCCUGUGUUCUUCUGAACUGGGAUCAAUCACACCAGUGGUGCCCUGCUUCUGCACUUGUUACGAGUCCUGCUAAGGCUGCUACACUUAACUUCUAAUGGGAUGGUGCCUCUGGCCUUUUCUGUGGCCCCAUGAGGGAGCAACCGCAGCAUUGCCCAGCUGCUUUUUGCACCUGAUUGAACUAUGUCGCUCUCCUAAAUAACCAAGUUUUUAAUUGGCAACACUAUAAGCUGAUAAUGCUCUUUUACUGGCUACUAACAUCAUUUUCAGUAAGCUGGAGACCACCUGUCUUCAUGACCCUAAUUGGUACUCCCCUCCUUUGGCAAUGCACCAUCUCUGCAUCACUGCCACUGUGACCAGCCUGGGCCCAUCCUUAGGGUGACUUUUGUCUCUGUUAAAUGUCAAGUUCUGUGUCUUCAUCUUCUCCUUUGACAAGCAAUACCUCAUACCUCUGAACGUCUCUGGGUGUUGCAUUAGGACUUGGAGAUGCCCAUGUCAUCCUCCGUCUCACACUACAAAGUGCCUUCAACUGACACCAGCUCUUGAGGGGAAGUUGGGACAUUUUUGCCGAUAACCGCUGUCCUCUCUCAUUUGUACCUGUGCUGUUACUUAACGCUGUGAAUUCUCACCAUAACUGCAUUUUUUAAUAUAAGCUAUAAUGUCUCCGGCACUCAUUGUAGCAUACUGGGAGUGUCAUCCCACACAUCUAGUGGCCCCUGUAAAUAACUUGUACUGGGAAAAAGGGCUGUCUCAGCUAAUUUCCCUCAUAUGGGUCCCUCAGCUGCAUUCAUUGAUUCUCAGACAUCUCCGUUGUAAUCUCUGUACCUGUGCCUCAUGAAAUGGCUAAAGAUGGUCCACGAGAGACUGAUCUUUCCAUCUGUUUUGAGAUACUCCACAUAUUGAGGCAAGUAGCAGUAACCAAUCAUGCUGUAAGGAUCAGAAAUUUCAAUGUAGAAUGAACUAUUUUUCUCUAAUCCCUUGCCUUAAGAGACGUUCAAAUUCGAGUUUCUAAAUUGCCCUCGCAGCUCCACAAAAAAUGUUACAAUCGGGGUUUCAACUUCUCAAGCCCUAUCCCCAAAUGGGAUUGUGGUGGCGCUAGUCAAUGGAACAGGGGCGCAAGAGUUCAAUUUCAAUUGUCUUUCUCUCCCUACAAACAGAAAAUAGUCUCUGUUAGUGGCAGGACACGGUAUGUAUGCCAACUACCAACUUCCAAGUUUGUCAAGAGAUUGCUUUGCCUCAGGAAAGGAGAAGAGCCAGAAUUUAUGGCUGUGUCACUGCUAAUCAGCUCACCAUUUUGGUUCCUCCUCAUGACUUCCUGAAGCUUUGUGUCUUUUGUUGGCAUGAACUAGUACUAAGGUGGUGAAGGGGGAAGAGGAGGGUUGUAGCCUGAAAUUUGUAAAAUGUACUUGUUAGAAGCUAUUUUAAAAUUUGCUGGUAUGAACCCCUUGCCUAGGACUUCAGUAAAACAAGUUUCUCUUUCCCCAAUGUGCUCCAGCAAACAUAACCACUAAGGGUGGGUGCGGGGAGGUUGGUACAUUUAAUAAAGCUCACUAUAGAAUUUGCCUUGGCUUCUUUUUUUCACCCAGAAGCUUUUAAUCCUGACAUGUAGCUCCUUCCCCUCCUGGUGUUAAUUUCUGCUUUUUCCGCAUGUUUCCUGGCCCAGCUCCAUUCAAAUGAGUGUCACAAGAAAACAGUUACACAUCUUUAUUUAAUCUAGAAAGUACAUUGGUUUGAUGUGUGCAAUUUGAAUAUAUUGCCUUCCCUUCUGCCCUUUCUGAUGCUCUGUGGAUGCAGCCUUUCUAUGAAUUCAUGCCACCCACGAUGAUUCUUCCAGUUGUACUACUCAUAGAUCACCAGCUACCGCCACCACCCCAAAAUUGGGAAAAGGGCAAAGACUUUUACAUAGGCAAUUAAAUAUCAGCAAGUAAACAGGUGAAGAGUUUCCACCCCCAGGCAAUAUACUAAAAUCUGUAUAUUGUUUAUUUGAUACAUUUGUAUAUCAACUGCAUAUAACCCUUUUGUGAAUUUACCUCAGGGCAGUUUGCAAUACAAUUUUAAAACCCCAAACCCAAAUGGAAAGGCUUGGAAGGUUGUAUUUUCUAUUCCGAGCUUAAAUAUGCAUCCUUCCAUUGGCCUUUAUGAGGUGUGAGGGGUGGCUGCUGCGGCAGUCUCUUCCUCAGUCUCAUCCUCGUUGGUUUUGGGGCUGGGCUGCGGUCAUCUUGACAGUCUUCAGCGUCACUCAUUUGGCUGCGAGCGGUAGACCUUGU